AUGCUUAACAAAGCUCUUCGCUGCACAUGCAGCAGCUACGGUCAUGGGGCCCCUGCGCUCCGCCACCUCCUACGCCGUGCUGUGCUGCAGAGCCUGCAGCAGCAGCAGCAGCAGCAGCAGCAGCAGAAGCGGUUGAUGCAGCAGCUGCAGGGUAAGCACCAGGAGCAGAAGGACCCGACAUCUGUAUGGCGAAUCUCUAGAAGCACAAGUGCUGCCUUGUGUCCUGACUGCGCAGCAGCAACUGCAGCACCAGCAGCAGCAGCAGGAGCAGCAGCAGCAGCAGCAGCAGCAGACGGAGCAGCAAGUUGCUGCUGUUGUGUCCCCCGUCGUUUCUUCUCGUCUUUUGCUGCGACUGAACCAGGAUAUGCUUCUUCAAGCGGUGCAUCAAAAGAAGGGAUUCCGGCAGCCAAAGCAGCAUCGACUCCAGCAGCAGCAGAAGCAGCAGCAGAAGCAGCAGCAGAAGCAGCAGCAGCAGCACGCGUAGCAGCUCGGCCUAUAUACCUAGACUAUCAAGCUACAACUCCUCUAGACCCUCGAGUCUUAGAUAAGAUGAUGACUUUCAAUAUAGAUUGCUUCGGCAAUCCGCACUCAUCAUCGCAUCCUGCUGGCUGGGAAGCAAAACGAGAAGUAGAGAAAGCAAGGGAGGCAGUUGCUCGCGCUCUCGGUCUGCCUGCGUCUCGCAGCAGAGAGAUUGUGUUUACAUCGGGUGCUACAGAGAGUAAUAACUUAGCUAUUAAAGGGCUUAUAAGAUAUGAAGAGCAGCAGCAUGCUCUUAGACAGCAGCAGCAGCAGCAGCAACAGCAACGGGCGAGGGAACAGCAGCAGCAGCAGCUGCAGCAGCAGCAAGGACACGACCAGCCCCAGCCCCAGCAGCAACAGCAACAGCAACAGCAGCAGCAGCAGCAGCAGCAGCAGAAGCAGCAGCGUGUACGAAAGAAUCACAUAAUAACAAGUCAGAUAGAACAUAAAUGUGUGCUGCAGUGCUGCAGGUUGCUGCACUUAGAAUGGGUGUUAUCAGGAGGCGAGAGAGGGGCUGAGGUUACGUUCUUACCUGUAUCGAACGAAGGGUUGAUAUCUGCUGCUGCAGUAGCCGCAGCAAUUCGGAAGGAGACAAUAUUAGUCUCAAUAAUGCAUGUAAAUAAUGAGGUCGGUGUAAUACAAGAUAUAAAGAGUAUCGGAAGUGUAUGCAGAGACAGAGGAGUGCUUCUUCAUACAGAUGCUUCACAAGGAUUCGGGACUCUUGCUACGCCUUUAGUUGUGGGGUUAGGCGAGGCAUCUUCGCUAGCGUUGGAGUGUAUGGAGAGCGAUAGGAAGCACGUAGAGCGCUUAUCAAAGCUGCUGCUGCAGCUGCUGCAGCAGCAGCUGCCGCAUAUAACUGUCAACGGGAGCCUUAGUCAGAGGUACCCUGGCAACCUCAAUAUCUCUUUCUCUUUUGUCGAGGGAGAGAGUCUCCUUAUGAGUAUAGGGGACAUUGCAAUGAGCUCAGGGAGCGCAUGCACUAGCGAGUCUCUGGAGCCGUCUUAUGUUUUACGCUCGCUUGGUGUUGGGGAGGAGACAGCACAUACCUCCAUCCGCAUUGGCUUCGGUCGAUUUACUCGGGAGGAGGAGGUGCGUCACUGUGCAGAGAGAUUAGUAAAAGAAGUGAGGAGACUGCGGGAGAUGUCUCCGCUGUAUGAAGGAGCUCUUGCAGAAGCAUCUGGUGAGGGGCCUAAGAUGGUCUGGACUUGA